AAAAGAUAGCGUGACAUUGCCGUGUCACGUCAUUCAAUCCAAAUACUAGUAUGUACUCGAACAGCACAAGCCUUUUCGCUGUAUAUGACUUUGAAACAUUGAAGUAAUUUCAUAAAAACCACCUUGCGAUAUAUAACAUGUUUAUAAGUUGAUAAUAUACAGUUUAUCAGUAAAAAUGAACGAUGGUCAUCAAACCUUGGAUAACAGACUACACGCCUAAACAUCGUCCUUGAACCGACUGGCUUGGGUGCAAAAUGUUCGAGUGAGUGUUAAUGUGAGAGUUGGCACUGAGUUUGAACCUCACCGCAAAUUAUGGCAGGACGCGGUUUGUACAGUGAUAUCGCACUAUUCGCGGGACGUCUCGCUCUACUGCUUACUCUUAUCACAGCAAAACCCUUUGCUUUGAAAAAAGGAUCUGCUGGAUGUCCUUUCGAGCAGGUGCUACUCAAGGGUCCUGGGAUAAUUUCAAGUCCUGGAUACCAUGGCCAAUAUUCUGCUAACACGAGAUGUACCUGGUUUAUUAAGGCACCUACAAAUUCCUGGAUAAAGUUGAAAUUCAAUAAGUUUGACGUAAAAUCUGGUACCUUGUGCGAUGUUUCAAGGUGCCGAUGUGAUUACGUACAAAUACAAAGCUAUCAGCGUGGUCUCCUUAGUUAUUCCAAGAGAUUUUGCGAGGGGCAUAAUCCGGUGGGUGUUAUUUCAAUAGCAUCUAAUAAGGUCCAGGUUCAUUUUCGAAGGAAUAGUUUGGUCGAAGGCAGUGGUUUUGUUUUAAAAUUCUGGUUUGAAAAACGUCAACAAAAGAACAUUAAAUCACGAUCGGCAAAACAGGACAUUCCCUCCAAUAUAAAACCAAUCAAACUAACCUCUGACGUCAAGCGAGAAGUAACGUCACGAAAGGUAAGGAGGUCUGCAUCCCCCUCAAAUACCAGUGGUGUAGUUGUUACAUAUCGCGAGGAUGAAGAAAAGGCAAAGAAGGAGGAGGAGGAAGCUGACCCCCCUGAUGCCAUCGUACUUGGACCGUCGAUUCCUAUUAUUCUAAUAUUUCUGGGUGUGGUAGCAUCCAUAGCUUGGUGGCAGUUCCGUUCAGAUCAAAAAGAGCGCCUCAGGUAUUAUAAGGAGCAAAUAAGAUAUGAAGAGAUUUCCAAACGCACCAAAAACAGAUUCAAGAAAAAGAAGAAACAGAGCAUGCGUGAGAUUCGAAUGAAAAAGUUAUAUGGUGACAUGGCAAAACACUGGCAGGCAGGAACACAGACACAGGGGGGCUCUCCAAACAUAGAACCUUCUGCCAUUACCAAAAGGUCAUUCGCUGGAAGGCUCCUUGAGCUAGCCGAGAAGCCAGUGUCGUACAUCAGGACUCCUCGAAGUUCUCGUCCAUCAUCUGUUGUUAUCCAAGAACAAGAAGUCCCGUUAGUUAUCAUGAGGGAUAAGAAAGAUAUUCCUGUAGGUCACCAACCUCCUUCUCGUCCUGCUUCGGUUCUAUUGAGAGACGCUUUGAAUAUGAUCUUUGGAGGAACAGCUAACGCAGGGGAAACAGGCGAGAAGAUGACUAAUGUCAAAGAGGACGAAGAAUCAGCUACUUUGCAGACUGCACCUGAACCUACAGACGAUUCUUCUGUAAAAACAAAGCCGCCUCCUUUACUUAUUCCACACAUCAUGGUUCGUCAGCCCAGCUGUGACGGUGCAGGAGAGAGUGACGUUGAACAUCACAAAAGAUCGCCAACUAUAAGAGAAAUAAAAAUUAGUUCUACAAGCAAAAAGAAUAAACCUGCUUCAAGUGAAGACAAGAAAGAGGAACCGCAUCAACCAGAGAUGAAACCAGAAGAAGCAUUACCAGUAGAAACUGCUCCAACAGACGAUCAGCAGCCAACAGACGAGUCAGAACCAUUCGUUAACGGCCAGUUACCAGAAACAUCUCGGCCAAGAUCGUUUGAGAAGAAACUGGUUGAGAUGCUUGAAGUUUUGAAAAAUGAAAAAGAUGAAUUCCAAGACGGUGAUGACCAUGGUAACGAGGAGAGCAGGUUUUCUAGGAAUGAAUUAGAUGAGCCCAGUCCUCCUCCUGUGCCACACCAGACACCAGUACCAAGAGGUAGCACCUCAUCCAUGCCUCCAGAUGGGAAAACGAACUGUGCUGAUCUGGAAGAUUUCCUGCUCAACUUGGACAAAGAACUGGAAGAUGAUGACGAGACAUGAACGUCAUGUAUCUGGUAUUUGAUGAUGUUCCAGUCAAAGUUAUUAUCAUGCAGCCCAGCAACUUACACCAAAAACCAUUUAUGGGUUUCCUGUGGUGAGGCAUUGCUGGGUUAUCCAGCAACCUCAAGAUCCUUUGAUUAAUUAUAAAGUUUGAAGUCCAAAUGACUAUUAUCUGAACUGACAACUGCUCAUAAGUCAGUGAAAGAUUUUGAGAAAAAAUAAUUAUAAAUAUAUACUCAAGUGAUUUAUUGAAUUUUCAAUUAUUUUUGUACUUGUAGCUUAUAGUGAUAUUAGAAAAUUGUAUUGAAUAAAGUAUUCCUUGUAUUUUUUACCAUUGUA